AUGGAGGGAAACGGCAAGCAAAAGGACGCCACGGAUAAUGCUCCGAUUAGACCGGUGUCUUCCCUACUUUCGCAUUUCGAGAAUCUUUCGCAUCGUCGGGCUCCAUCCGCUGCUACAAACGGUUCACGCGAUCCGCCGUCCUUCCUGAGAACGCCUGAAUACGGUGAUGAUAUCCGCUCCAACAGAGCCUCUCUUGAUCUACCACGUCCACGGUCUCCCUGGGGCUCAGUGCCGGAUGUGGAGAGAAGUCACAGCAUCGUACAUGGCAAUGGUCUAGCCCCGCACUCUGAAUCCCCCGGGAUUUCCCCGGGCAGACGGCAGAACAGACCCAUGUCGAUGAACCUCCACUCGUCGCCGCAGUUGGCACCGACUCUGACGGUCGAUUCCCCACGGUCUCCGCCGCGUGGGUUUGGAGCAGACCAUGAGGAGGAAAUCAGCUCGUCUCGCACCCCGCCGAACGCUUCCCGGGAGUCGCUGCCUACCAUACCGCAAGGGAUUCCUCCUGCUCAUCGACCAACCACCCCCGUCUCUGCGUCUUUCCCUACGGAGAGUAAAGCGGAUCGUUUGUCGCCAGGAACAUCAGGCUCGAUAGCAAAUGGGCGCGAGAGUCCAUCGGAACGCAAAGGCAAGAGCGUUUCCCUUCCCCCGCCUGCUAACCGGGCGGAGAAGCCCAAAAUCCCCGCCAAACCGGCAGCAUUGUCACACCACGAAGCCAGCUCUCUUGCCCCACAGCUUGAGCGUGCCUCCUCGGAAGACCGCGUAUCGCCGUUCAGCACUCCUCCGAGCAGCCCCGAGAAAACGUCCCCAAAACAACAACCCAAUACCAGAGCGGUACCAAUUCCGCGCUCGCCCUCCCGGCGCUCGCCAGCCCGUCCAGUACCUGGUCUUCCGACGCACCGGUCACUUGAGGAGAGGUCACCCGCUCCUCAGCCAGGUGUACACCGAGAGUCUUCGCUGAGGCGGCCAAUUCCGGAGCCUCCCCGGGAGACGAAGCCGCUUAUGGUCCAGAUUCCUCCCAGGCAUUAUGUAGCGCCGGAGCCGCUGGCAACCGCCCCGCUCUCCAACUACAGGCCCCCGAUGCCUGAUCCGCAGGAGCGCCCCGGACUGCCUCCCCGACAGCCAUCCCUGGCACGAAGGGGCGGUCCAUCACCGUCGCGGCAUUCAUACCAGGUGGAAAGCCCGGCGUUCUCAUUACCUCCCCCGACACCCUACCGCGAAUCUCGGCCCCUUUAUCGAGACGAACUACCCACUCCGACGCAUGUCUCUCGACAGCCAUCCAUUUCCAGGGAGACUAGGCCCCUUUAUCGGGAUGAAUUGCCAACCCCGACGCACGUAUCGCGGCAGCCGUCCAUUUCCAGGGAGACCAGGCCAGUGCCGCCCCCAGCUGUCCCGGAGCGCCCGAUGCCAGAGAGGCCUAUGUCAGAGCGUCCUAUACCAGAACGGCCUGUGGUGGAACGUCAAGCAGUUCGCCCUAUUCCCAGUGAGGAUGAGCAGGUUCCGGAUGAGACGCCAGUUGCUCGCACGGAUUACCCAGAUGCGUCUAGUGCAAACAGACGGCCACCACUGCUUAAGUCUGGGCCUCAGGAGAUUCACACGCGGUACGAUACGCGUCUCAUGGAUGUGUGCGGGAAGCAUGUGUGCACGACCGGUUACAUUACGCGGGUCUGGGAUCUUACGACUGGAGAGCAGAUUAUGAGUCUUAGCCAUGGUGAGACAGUCAAAUGUCUGUCGGUUGCCUUUAAGCCAGGUUUGGGUCUGGAGGAUGAAGGCCAGCGCUUAUGGUUGGGCACAAACUCCGGGGAUCUGCACGAGGUCGACAUUGCAACCCGGUCCAUUGUCGCAUCGCGGUCUUACCCUUCUCGACGGGAGAUUGUCAAGAUCUUGCGGCAUAAGAAGGAAAUGUGGACCCUCGACGAUGAGGGUCGGCUGCUGGUAUGGCCGCCAGAUGAGACUGGAACGCCGAACCUCCAGUACAGUUACCACAACCCUUACGAUCGGGUUGCCCGCGGGCAUACGUUCUCGAUGGUGGUUGGGGACCUUUUGUGGCUGGCUUCCGGCAAGGAGGUGCAUGUCUAUCAGCCAAAUGCUCGUGAUGAUGUUUCGUUUAAGGUUCUCAGCAGGCCAUUGGGCUUGCAGCAUACGGGAGAUGUAACUUCAGGUGCUUAUACUACCAAGGAUGGUGGACGUGUCUAUUUGGGUCAUGCAGAUGGCAAGGUGACCGUAUACUCAGCCCACGACUACACCUGUCUGUCUGUCGUCAAUGUCAGUGUCUACAAGAUCAACUGUCUGGGUAUUGUGGGAGAUUAUCUGUGGGCAGCAUACAAGACCGGCAUGAUCUAUGUCUACGAUACAUCUACGAAUCCGUGGACGGUGAAGAAAGAUUGGCGUGCUCAUGAUAGCCCUGUCAGCGGGUUCUUGCUUGAUUCUAGCAGCGUGUGGACAAUGAACCGAUUGCAAGUGACUUCGCUGGGAGACGACAACUGCAUCCGUCUUUGGGACGGCAUGUUGGAGGAUGAUUGGUUGGAAACCAGGAUGCAGGCCAGAGACGUGGAGUUUUGCAAGUUCCGUGAGGUUCAGGCGGUAAUCAUGACCUGGAACGCCGGUGCUUCUACCCCUGGAAGCGUGCGCACAUCCACUUUUAUCCAGGAUGCGAUCCAUCCUGAGAACCCACCAGAGAUCUUGGUGUUUGGCUUCCAGGAGCUGGUUGACCUUGAGAAUAAGAAGAUCACAGCCAAGAGUCUGCUCCUCGGGAGUAAGAAGAAGGAGCACGGUGACAAGGAACACAUGAGUCGGCAAUACAGGGUGUGGAUGGAGCACUUGACCCGCUGCAUUAAUGACUGCAUGCCGCUUGAGGAGUCGUAUGUGCUACUGCAUAGCGCGAAUCUGAUCGGUCUCUUUACGUGUGUGUUCGUGAAGCACAAGGAGCGCCAGCGGAUCAAGAAUAUCGGCGCCUCGGAGAUUAAGCGCGGUAUGGGAGGGUUGCAUGGAAACAAGGGUGCACUUAUACUCCGCUUUGUCCUUGAUGACAGCUCCCUCUGCUUUAUCAACUGCCACUUGGCAGCUGGUCAGACGCAGACGGCACACCGCAACAAUGAUAUCGCGGCGAUUCUCGAGGCGGAGUCGCUUCCCGCGGAGAAUAGUCUCGCAACUCGCGCGAAUCACUACGUGAGCGGUGGCGAUGGCUCAAUGAUUAUGGAUCACGAGAUCUGUAUUCUGAACGGUGAUCUCAACUACCGUAUCGACUCUAUUCCACGGAACGUGAUCAUCGACGACAUCCGCAGCAACAACCUGACCAAGCUACUGGAACGCGACCAGCUGCUGGCCUCGCGACGCAAGAACCCCGGCUUCCGUCUGCGUUCCUUCAACGAGGCACCCAUCACGUUCGCACCGACAUACAAAUACGACGUCGGCACCGACGAGUACGACUCCAGCGACAAGAAGCGCGCACCCGCAUGGUGUGACCGAGUUCUCUACCGUGGACUAGGCCGCGUCCGUCAACUAGAAUACCGCCGGCACGAAGUCCGCGCAUCCGACCAUCGACCAGUGAGCGCUACAUUCAAGCUGCGCGUCAAGACAGUGCUACCGACGGAGCGAGCCGGGACCUGGGAGUCAUGUCAGCAGGAGUUCCAGAACGAAAAGCGCCGACUUGCAUCAGAAGCGAGCAUCGAAUACCUAAUCACUGUUCUCGGAACGGGCCCUCAACAGGCGCGGGCCCUGAUCCUGGGCAACGGGAAUUGA